GGGAGAAGUGGAGAGAGUACGUACUGCGACCUGCCGGAUUGAGCACGUAACCCCGUCCUUGCGGGAUGACGUCAUCGGUCGCUAUGGUCGCGCGUCGUUUUGACCUACCCUCCCUUCUUUGAUACAGCAAUCCUGGUUCAGUUCAGUUCAGUUCAGUUAGAAUUGGGAAAUAGUGGCUGAGAGUUUACUGUCUUCCGAAAUUUGUAAAGCGACGGCACACAGCUAAAAUGGCAGAUGAAAGCAUUGCAUGUAUAAUCAAAAGCCCAAUUGCACUACAGACUGGCGAUGUGAGAACAGACUUGGCAAAACCUGGAGUGUAUGUUAUUGAGGUGACUUUUCCACGGGAAAGAAUCAUAAAUGUAUCAUGUUUAUCUCCUUUAUUGGAGGAACUUGUAAUUCAGCUGACUCUUAUCACUAAUAUAUUACUCUGCACUGACCAGCUUCAGUCAAUUGCAUUUAAGAAUUAUUACACCGCAUUCUUAACUGUACGUCUUCAAAGACGACUGAACUCAGAGUCUGACAGGAAGCUGUUGAAAUGGAAGACCUGCAUCCGGGACAUGUGUUUGAUGCCUAAUCCCCACACCGAGAAUGGAUCACAGGAUUACUUUUCCAUCCACCGUGAUCAGAUGCUGUUUGAACCAGAUGGUGUUGUGACAGUGCGUCUGAUCCUCCGGCAGCCAUCCCCAGUUUGGCUGAACUUUACAAUAGAGGACAUCAAAAUGUAUGAAUGUGACCAUGACAAGGAUAAGGUACAAGGACCAUGGCUUUCUCAACUCACUCCUCAAGACCGACCUUUGAAAUUAAGUGACGGAUUACCGGAUCCAGAGGUUGUAGCUUCCAGUGUUCAGCAGAUGUGGGUUUUAACUGAAAUGGUCCGGAACAAUCCAGCAACCACACGGGUUGGACGGUUUGAUGUGGAUGGUUCCUAUGAUGUCAACCUGCUAUCCUAUACCUGAGUGACUCAUCUCACACUACUGUUCCCGCUGAGAGGACCAGAGGAUACAAACCUCCUUGUUUGUGACUGCAUGCAAGUCUAUAUAAAAUGCACUUGAUGCCCUGACAGAAAACUGAAGUAAAACCAGAGUUAAUUUUCUGCUUUUGUCUUUGUGGGACCAGACUCAGUUCAAACUGUUCAAUAUCAGCUCCACUAAUGUUUUAUAUGUACAAAGUUAAUAAAUGUAAUAUAUUGUUGUUCUAAA